AUGGGUCAUUCAAAACGCUACCACGAAGCGGAAUGCCCAACCCGCCAUCCGUCCUUAGGGGCAGGGACUCGCUCAAAACACGCCAUCCCAAAGGCAGAGCGAGAUCCUAAAACGCAUCGCGGGACAUGGGUCAUUCAAAACGCUACCACGAAGCGGAAUGCCCAACCCGCCAUCCGUCUUGAGGGGCAGGGACUCGCUCAAAACACGCCAUCCCAAAGGCAGAGCGAGAUCCUAAAACGCAUUGUGGGACUUCGGCCAUUCAAAGCGUUACCACGAAGCGGAAUGCCCAACCCGCAACCCGUCCUGAAGGGCAGGGACUCGCUCAAAACACGCCACCCGAAGGCAGAGCGAGAUCCUAAAACGCAUCGCGGGACAUGGGUCAUUCACAAUGCUACCACGAAGCGGAAUGCCCAACCCGCCAUCCGUCCUGAGGGGCAGGGACUCGCUCAAAGCACGCCACCCCGAAGGCAGAGCGAUAUCCUACAAAACGCAUUGCAGGACUUGGGACAUUCAAAAAGCUACCACGAGAGGAGGGAAUAA